UAUGUUGUGGUCUCUUUUGUUUUCAAAAUGUCAUCCUUAUCUGUAUUGUUAGCUUUUCUUUUUGUUUCAUUAUAUAUUAUAGAAGUAAUACCAAUACAACUGGAGUUACAAAAAGGAGAAGAGUAUAAGGAGAACGUUGUGGAUGAUUCAAAUUUAAACGAAUGCAUAAGUGUACAAAGAAGUGCAGAGUUGGGUGUUUGUUUUGGGAAAGAAAUAUUAAAUAAUUUGAACAAGUUCAACGAAGCUGACACUUUUAGUUUGGCAACUGGAGUAUCAUUUGUUAGAGAUGAAAAGACUCCAAGAGAUAUUGCAAGUUUUUUGGAUAAGGAUCCAAUGGAUUUUCGCUCCAUGAUGGAAGAUGCCAGCAAUUUGAUUUCUAAAAGGUCGUUGCACUGGGAUCUCAGUACGUUAUACCCAGGGCUAGUAAUGAGGAUCGGACCGACUCUAGCUAAUGGGGUCUUGGAAUUCGUCAUGGACCCGAGAGUAAAAGAUCGGGCAUAUCAUCAACAUCCGCAUGAAGUUUCUACAGGACGUUUAUUGGCAAGAAACUUAUUAGUUCCAUUUCUGCUGGGCUUUAAAUUUCAGCUGUCGACUUUAUUACCACUUAUUUUAGGAUUAGUUUUGAUAGCAAGUAAGAAAGCUUUCUUGCUAUCAAAAUUGGCUUUACUAGCAGUAACUGUCUUCAGUGGUGGAGGCUCAAGUUAUGGUAGCUCAUAUGGAGGAUCGUUUGGAGGGCUCAGUAGCCCUACAUUAUCAUCGUAUUCUUCAUUUGAUAGUCCUGUGCAUAGUCAUGAACAUCAUUCUGGAGGAUACUAUAACCGAAGACCACAUCACGCAGAGUAUUAUUACAGAGAAAAGUCAGCAGAACAAACCACAGCUACACCUAUCACCCCGGACGAGUUACGAGACAGACUAGAGAGACUGUUCAUAACGAAAAAAGAUAUAAUUGAUGAAACCAGAGACGAAACUAAAGUGAGAAACGCUAGAAAUUUUGCAUGGACUCCAAUUAAUACGGGAUAGUUGUAUUUGGUCAUACAUACAGAUAUGUAUUGGAAAUAUUUAAAGGAGUUAUCAAGAGAACCCGUUUUGUAAACUAGCUCUUGUAUUAAUUAAUCCUAAUAUACCCUUUCUGUGUAGUGUAUUCUAAUUCACUCUAGCUUUCCAGACGCAUGUUUACUUAACGUUAAUUAUGUUAUCCAGAAAUAAAGGUUUUUGUAACGAACUAAACUAGGAAUCAGAAGAAAAAUCUAAGAACAUUUAUAUUUUGGUUGAUUCAUUAUUUGCAUUUAAUAUCAUAUAUUUUUCUAAAUAACACCUAUAAAGUCUGUUACGAAUUAUUUCAACAUAUCCUUUAUAACAUUCAUAAUCUAUUAU